AUUUCAGGGUAGCAAAUCACUAUUCCUAGUGUUAUAAAACGUCACUACAGUCCAGUAUUCGAAUAUAAUUUUUAAUUCCUAGAAACCGAAUUUUUCUGAUAUGAGUUCAAGAGGCUAAUCGUCACAAUAAAAUGGAAAUUUCUAAUGAAACUAAUUUUUUAAAUCCAGAUGAUUUAAAUGAGGACGAUUUGUGGAAACUUUUGUCAAAUUGUGCUGAAGUAAUCUCAAAAUCAGAAAAUAAUACAUAUAUAAUCAAAGACAUUGGACAUAUGCCAGGUCUUUUUAAACCGCAUUGGAUUAUGCUUUACAACGUAGCAUUCGAUGUAUUUCUAGUUGGUUGUAUACUGCUUGCUGGAAUUACCGGCAAUGUGUUAAGUGGAUUCGUCUUGGCACGUGAUCGAUCUCAUGGAACAACCAGUUUAAUAUUGACCAGCUUAGCUGUAUUUGACACAUUAUUUUUGAUUUUAUGCUUAUUUUUCCAAUUUCUGAAAACUUUGUCUUUCUACAUUUUAUGGUUGUCAUAUAUAAACUUUUAUGCCCAUACAAGUAAAGUACUAUACGGCUCUGGAAUGGCAGUAAGAAUGAUGCGAAACUGGACUGUUGUCCUUGUUUCAUUAGAGCGCUGGGUAGCUGUGUGCAGACCCCUUCAUGCACCAAGUAUAUGUACGCGUAAGAAGGCACACAUUGCAAUUACGCUAAUCGUGGUAUUAUCAUUCCUUUAUAACAUUCCACACUUUUUCAUUGUUGAUGCAAUGCCACUAUUGUGUUAUUCUGACGCAGACAAUAAAUCAGACAUUUAUCAGUCUACUCAUUUCAACUCUACAACUUUACCUACUGGCAUCUUAGUUUAUCAUAGUGCUAUCAGACCAUGGGUUAAUGAUAAUUAUGCAUUUAAACUUAUCUAUCGUUUAAUUGGUUACACAAUUUUAAUUGUCAUCUUACCAAAUGUGAUUAUUGCCAUUUUCAAUGUACUGCUGAUUCGAGGAAUUAAGUAUGCUAAUCAGAGAAGAGCUCAAAUUGUUGCUAGAAUUGACUGUGCUAACCGGCAAUUUGAACAAUGCAGUUUUCAUUCUUUACACAGAGAUUGUCAUCAUCAAAAUCCCCAACAACAGCAUCGUCAUCAUCCUAACAUGCCUAAAUAUCUUCACUCAGCACCAAGCUCCUCAGAAAAUCAUGCUUAUUUCGUGCGCAUCUCAAAAUCAAAUCGUUCGCGUACUAUGGAAGUAAAUCGUUUGUGUGUGGGAGUGAUUAUUAUUUAUUUAGUAUGUGAAUUACCAGCUGUUGGGUAUCAAAUAAUCCAUUUAAUAAAUCACAGAAGCUUAAUUGAGAUUAUACGUCCUGUUACAAAUGCUUUGGUUUGUUUAAACAGUGGUGUCAAUUUUUUUGUUUACGUAUUUCUUGGUAGAAGGUUUCGUUCACAACUGAAAGAUAUGUUUCGGAAUGCCAUAAAUAAAUGCAGGAAGCACAAAGAUCAACGAAAAUUAACUGUCCAUUCAACUCAGUACAUGAAUUCACUAAGACGUGAUCUGGCGUCUGUCGAUAAAGAAAGUGAGCAGUUUUUGAUGAAAGGUAACAGUUGCCCUAUAAAAAUAACACGACCGGAACCAAAAUCAGCAGUUAAUCGUCUAAGUUUAAGUGCGGCCUACACAACCCAGACUUCAGUCAUGGAAUCGUGAUGCGUCUUAUUUUGUACAUUCACUAUACUAACUGAAAUAUGUACGAAUGUCUCUGAGAAGAUCAAGAUUGUAAUACCUUUUUCCGCAAUAUUCUUUACAUUGUAAAUAAUGAGAAUGAUGACAAGAAUUUCACAAAUAUUAUUUCAUUCGUUUACUCAAGUAUAUUGGAAAAUAAUCAACAACUGAGUUGUGAUAAGUAUGAGUCUGAAUACAGUUUGCAAAUCUUCAUACAAUACAGUUUGAAGAUAAGCAGCCGUGGAUCAUGAACAAUUUCGCGUCUUGGAAUUAUUUCGACCACAUAAUGUACACAGUUUUUGCACGUUAACAGCGAAUUCAUCAUUCGGCUGACAAUGGGGUUUGGUAAAUUUGCAUAUAUAUGAAAUGUUUGACGGAUAGAAACCUUCGUGCACAAUGAAUCUGCAUUGAACCACACUGUAAAAUUACUUAGAAUGUUUUCUUAACUUACAUCUACAAGAUUCAAGAAGGAAUCCUUCAUGGGGUGUCGUAUGACUUUAUGUAUAGGUUCUAACUUUUUUAAGCUAACGAGUGACCUUGUGAUGAUAGGCUUUAAUCAUGAAGAGCUCUGAUUAACGUACCUUCGGCAGACUAUAUAUGUAUAAUGCACGCAAAGCCGUCACGGUUUUAGAUCAUUUUACGCAGAGUCGUCAGUCAGUUUCUUUUUUAUCAGCUUUCUGAGUGUAGUUGUGAUUCGUUUUUUGUUGGAUCAAUCUUAUCUUCACCUCUAUUUUCCUGCUUGAAUCUCAAGUCGUAAGUAAGAAUCAAAUUAUCGUAAUAAUACAAUCUUCUCCGUUGAUCAACACAUCUGAGCCUUUAUCUGGCCGUGGUUCCACCAAGUUUUCAUGCAUUAUUGAUGUUUCAUAUUACCAUGUAACGCACUUAAGACAAAUUUUCCAAUUGUGCUUUUGGUGAAAUAAGGUAUUGGUUCGUGGUGAACUUAGAUAGAAGACGGCACCUUUUACUAUAAUUCAUCGGAUGCAAAUCCUCGCAUAAUCUGUUUAAAGAAGGCUGGACAAGGAAGUUAAAUACACCUUUUUGGAUUUAUUUUUUAUAUCUUUGACAUUUUAAUUUUGAUUAUUUUCCUAAAGAAGCUCGUACCAGACUUUUGUGCGGAACGUUGGAAGUUGAUUUCAAACACACUGACUUAAACAAAUGCAAUCUUUAUCUAAUUUUAUGCAAACACUUUGAAUGAACUCAUGCAAAUCGCUAACCACUUAAAUUUUGAACAUCUGGGUUAAAGCCAACGUAAACUAAUUUUUAGAUGUUUGAAGGAAUCCGUAAUUGAUUGAUUAUUUCCUAAUAUCUGUUGCACUUAUAUGAUAACAUUAUUAAAUCUAUUUCGUCAGAGUGAAAGAAAUGUUGCAUAACCUUGUCAUAUGUGAACAGGAACAACGAGUUUUAGGUUAAGUCUACAGUAACAUAUUAGUAGAUCGUCAGCAGCUUUAUCCUAAACAGCAGAGAUAUGAUAAGAUGUCAGAAUUCAUAUUUCGAGUUUAUAUUUUUGAUUUCUUCUGGCUGUCGGUUAACUCAUAUAGUUCCGGGAAAAAUGUGCCAAAGGCAGAUGAAUAAAUAAAAACUUUCUUUACUGUUGUUUUUGUCUUUUAAUGCUGUACACUUGUAAUUAUUUCCUUAACAGUGAAGUUUUUAAAUGAAUAACAAAACUGAAUUGUGCCAU